CGCAGAACCAGUUCCUUCAGCUGUGUCAAUGUGGGGUGAGAAGCAGCAGCAGAUCUGAGCGCUCGCGGAAGAUUUUACAGUCCGGGUCAAGUCUUUAGUCAACGGAGCGCGUGUGUUCUCGAGUCUGCAGCCACGGAGCGUCAUGACGAGCAGCUCGAAGCGGAAAGAGGAGGUUCACGCGGUGAACGGAGGACUGAAGCAGUCCUCGUGGAGCAAAGCCGUGAGCUGCAGAGCAGUGUGGGACGAGAAGGAUGAGUUUUUAGACGUAGUUUACUGGCUCCGUCAGAUCAUCGCUGUCAUCUUGGGUGUGAUAUGGGGCGUCGCACCCCUGAAAGGGUUUCUGGGGAUAGCCAUAUUCUGUAUCAUCAACGCUGGCGUCCUGUACGUGUACAUCAGCAGUUUCCAGCAGGUGGACGAGGAGGAGUACGGAGGAACAUGGGAGCUCACCAAAGAGGGCUUCAUGACUUCAUUUGCUUUGUUUCUGGUGGUCUGGAUUAUCUUCUACACGGCGCUACACUACGACUGAGGACCGCAGGACAGACAGAGAUGGACUCUUAUUUAAUGUGAUCAUGAUGGAGCUGUUUUCCGAGGCGUCUGCAUAUGUUCCCUCCAGCAUGUGUGUGCCUGAGGAAGAGGUGCAUCAUGGGUACAAGACAUGUCAAUAACCUUCUGAAGCCAGGAAGCUGAUGUUGUCCAGUGCACUGCCAUGACUGUGGGGUUAAUAGUUGUUUCUGUUUGUCCUCUCUGCUUUUUCUUGAUUUAACUUAAUUUUAUAUUUUUCUUUCACGAUUAGCAUCCAACACAGAUUGUCUUACUCUGUUAUGACCAGUGAAAUCAGACAGCAGCGUGUAAAUUCUGUACAAUUCAUUUUAUCGAAUCCAUAAUGUAUUAAAGCAUUUCUUAAGUCUUGUUGAUGUAACAAACUGCUCAGUAUUUUAUAGUGUAUUGAUGGAAAUGCGAAUGGUCUGUAUGCUUGUGAUGAGUAAGGAGAUGUAGCCGAGGCCGUAGAGAGACUGUUUUCUGGAUGACAUGUUUUGGAGAAUAAAAUUAAGCUGGGUUUUGUCUGCCCUACACUUUUCAACAGA